CCUGCUUCAGGCACGAGCACAUGACUUCCUCCUGCUCCACUGAUCACCACCAAGCUCCUGCAGGGGGGGAAAACCAAAACCCAUUGACACGAACUACAAACAAUUCACAUACUAGCAGUUUCACACCACGCUCCUCGAUAUCUGCUUCAUUGAUCUGUUUUCAGAUCAGCGCAGACUUCCUGCUGCGGUCACGUGACUCCUCGGGCACCGUGGUGUGUUGCAGACAGUGCGGAAGAAAGCAGGAGGGAGCAGACUGAAAACUAAACAACUAAACAACUAAACAGCAAAACAACGAGAAGAGGAGAGGAUUUGGAGAACAGACACACUUCACAGAGAUGCCGCGUCCAUCAUCAUCCCGGAAUGAUAACACAGACAUGGUGUACUUUGAGUGGACAGAGUGAAUAAGACAUCUCAGUAAAGUAGGUCAGGAGUGUGUGUGUGUGUGUGUGGGGUGGGGGGGUUUGUGUGUAUGUGUGUUUGUGUGUGUGUGUGUGGUCCAAAUGAAGUGCUUGCUGAUAGCCAGUGAGAGCGCUGAGGUCCUCUUCCAUUGGACGGAUCCUGAAUUUCAGCAGAAUAUCCAGGAGCAGUAUGGAGCGUCUCAAGAGGAGGGCCAGGGGCUUCCAGCUUUUGAGGACAUCAUCAGCACUAAGUUUGCCCCCAUCAUCAUCUCCUGCAGCACCAUGGUGGACAGGCUGGGAGACAGCUACACCUCCUUCACCACAGAAAACAACCACAUCUAUGUCCUACAUCAGUUUGAUGAGUGUCUCUACAUAGCUGUGAACGGAGACGGCGAGGAGGGAGAGGAUGACCUGAGGAGGAAGAUCUAUGUGAUGAAGAAGAUGAUUGAGGUCCUGUUUGGCAUGGUCACCCUCAGCAGUCACCUCCUCAGAAAAGAGCUGCGUCCUCAGGACACGGAGCACAGAGCGCAGCUGUGGAAAUAUCUGCAGGGGCUGCUGGAGACAUACAGCCAACUCAGAGAGAACGACCAGAGCUUCUUAGUGGAGGCAGUGGAGAGGCUGAUCCACCCCACGCUGUGUGAGCAAUGCAUCGAGUUCCUGGAGCGUCGUAUAGUUCAGCAGCUUAACAGCAGCGUGGAGCGAGCAGGGGAGGAGGUGCUGCACUCCUUCAUCCUCGUGCACACCAAACUGCUCGCCUUCUACUCCAGCCGCAAUGCGAGCACACUCACCACCUCAGACCUCUUGGCCCUCAUCAUCAUGGCGCAGAAUAUGUAUCCUAGCAACACAGACCUGGAUGACCCAAGUCCAGAGGAUGUUGAGAGCACAUCUGGUUCUGGUCCUGACAGUUUUUACACCCCAGAGCCUUCUCCAACAGACUCCAUCAGCUCGGCUGACAAGCCAGUCAGAGGAAGUACUCCUGUGUUUGAGUUUGUGGACCCAGAUGUUCAGAUGGCAGAGGACAGCCUGCAGACUCUGGAGGUCCCUCCUCCUGACCCUUCAACCCCCCGCAGAGUCUUCCUAGAGGUCUCCCUCAAAGAGGGGCUGUAUCCCAUGAUGCCUCACUCCAUGUACUGCCUGCCACUGUGGCCGGGGAUCACAUUAGUGCUGCUAACUAAGAUUCCCACCAGUGCAGUGGCCAUGUCAGUGUAUAAGUUUUUGGAAGCCUUCGCUAAGCUGGAGAAGCGUUUGAGUGAAGGCCACGAAGGUUCUUCUGCUACCAGAGGUCAGCCGACUAUUUUUGACAUCCGCAGCAAACUGGACAAAUUCAUCAAAGCUCUGGGACCCAGUGAGAUACAGUCUGCACAGUUACAAAAUGUCUGGGCCGAGUUCAAAAACCGAGCCUUUGCCAGAGGAGGACCGGGGUUCACCAGAGAACUCAUCCCAUGGUGUAAGAAUAUGAAGACGCAGCUGUGUGGGAUUUAUCGACAGUGUUUUCUUAUUGACCCUGGACCGUCCGACAUUCCUCGACGUCUAUCCCCCAGUCUGCAGGAACGAGCCCAGACCAUGGUGCAAGAGAAACUGAUGGACUGGAAGGACUUCCUGUUGGUGAAAAGCAAAAGAAAUAUCACCAUGGUGUCGUACCUGGAGGAGUUCCCAGGGCUCAUUCAUUUCAUCUGUGUGGACCGAUCCACCGGUCAGAUGAUUGCACCGUCGCUCAACGUCACAGAGCGGAGCACAUCUGAGCUGGGGAAGGGACCGGUGGCUCAGUUCAUCAAGAGCAAGGUGUGGAGUCUGGUCAGCACAACACGGCGCUAUCUCCAGAAGGGUUACUCCACUGUCACAUUGCGAGAUGGAGACUUCUACUUCUGCUACUUCCUCUGGUUUGAAAACGACACUGGCUACAAGUUAGAGGCAGGAGACAUACCACACCUACCUGAUGAUUCUGCACCUAUCGGGAUGCUUGCCUGGGAUUAUUACAGCAGGAAGCUGCUGCGGUACUACAGUAAGCAUCACCAAGGGGAGGUGGUGAAGUGCUACGAGCUGCUGACGGUUCACCUGGGGGUCAUCCCCACCGAGAUCAUCCUGCAGCACUGCAGGCAGCUGGCAAGCAAACUGUGGGAGCCUUCACGCAAUCCACUGCUGUAGACAUAUACAGGUGAACUGGUCACAGGAGCAAACGUGCACAUUUGUUGUAAUGCCAUGAAGUAGCAACAAGAAAACAUAGUUUCUUUUUUAUUGAUUUAUAUGGUGUCCACACUGUGUCUGUUUUUCAUCUUUCCAAAAUGUGUAUUUGUUUAAGAUCACCGUAAAGUAUUUAUUAGAAGUACUUAAAUGUAUGAUUUCUAACAAAAGACAGUUUGCACUUAAAUAUAUUGUCUUGUUUGAGGUGUGUUGACAAAAUUGUGCCUUUCAUUUUUUUUGGCUUGUAAUACGUGUUUUAAUACCCAUUUAUGACCCUUUUUCUAUUUAUUAGAAAUACUUUAUAUUGUUUCUUUGUUUUUUAAAUUUUAAACAUUUGCUGCAAAGUCACUUUUAUGAAUGCAGAUUCUGUCCAUGUUUGCCUGUACUACUGAUAGUGCCAAAAAAUGUCUGAAUGAACAACAUAAAAACAGUGAUUUCUAAAUGUC